GGCGAGGGCCAGGGCGGGGGCAGUGGCGGCGGGCGGCCCGCGGCUGAGGAGGCCACCGCCUCCUUGGGCCUGCCGGGGCGGCCGCCUCCGCGAUGCCGCUGCUCGUGGAGGGGCGGCGAGUGAGGCUGCCGCAGUCCGCUGGGGACCUCGUCCGAGCCCACCCGCUUCUGGAGGAAAGAGCCAGACUUCUCAGAGGUCAGUCUGUUCAACAAGUGGGACCCCAGGGCCUUCUGUAUGUUCAGCAAAGAGAGCUUGCAGUGACCUCCCCAAAGGAUGGCUCCAUCUCCAUUCUGGGUUCUGAUGAUGCCACCACUUGUCACAUUGUGGUCCUGAGGCACACAGGUAAUGGGGCUACCUGCUUGACACAUUGUGACGGAACUGACACCAAAGCUGAGGUCCCCUUGAUCAUGAACUCCAUAAAAUCCUUUUCCGACCACACUCAAUGUGGAAGGCUGGAAGUGCACCUCGUGGGCGGCUUCAGUGAUGACAGGCAGUUGUCACAAAAACUGACUCAUCAGCUUCUUAGUGAAUUUGACAGACAGGAAGACGACAUUCACUUGGUGACAUUAUGUGUAACAGAAUUAAAUGACCGGGAAGAAAAUGAAAACCACUUUCCAGUAAUUUAUGGCAUUGCUGUCAACAUCAAAACCUCGGAGAUCUACAGAGCCUCCUUCCAAGACCGAGGUCCAGAGGAGGAGCUACGUGCCGCACGAGCUUUAACAGGAGGACCAAUGAUUAGUAUUUACGAUGCAGAGACAGAACAACUUCGUAUAGGACCAUAUUCCUGGAUGCCAUUUCCCCAUGUGGAUUUCUGGUUGCAGCAAGAUGAUAAGCAAAUACUAGAGAACCUUUCCACGUCACCUCUGGCUGAGCCCCCCCACUUUGUUGAACAUAUUAGAUCUACCUUGAUGUUUUUAAAGAAAUACCCUUCUCCGGCUAACAUGCUGUUUCCUGGAAAUAAGGCUCUACUCUACAAAAAAAAUGAAGAUGGCUUAUGGGAAAAGAUCUCUUCUCCAAGAAGCUAAAAAUAAAUAGGAAUUACCAAAGAAAGCAACUUUUUGGCAUGACAAAAGACCACUGGUGGAGGUAGGAAAGAAUAUGAAUUUGGAAUCUACAUCCAUUCAGUCUUAGGUCUCUUUCCGUGCUCCGUGUUUUUCAAAUGACUUUAAAAUAAAAUCUUAUUUUGGCAAAGGCA